UAACAAUCGAAUAAAUGGUCACCCAAACUCGCGAUCAAUGUAUAAUAUAAAUCCGGCAUUCAAGAAUAACGCUUCCUUCAAAUCAAACAAAGUAAUUACAAACCAAGCUCCAACAACAAACAAUAAUAAUUCGACCAACACAACUAUGCUUCUAUCACAAAUCCAAGCGUUGGCAACUACUUUACAAGCAGCUCAGAACUCCCAAACUAAUACUUUAGGUGUGACAACAUCGUUACUGUUCACGCAUGAAUAUAUGGCAGGAAGGAAACGAACAAGACUAAAAUGA